AUGACAAGCCAAUUGCCUGAACAGAGGGAGAUAGAGCUGGUCGAGAAGGUGGAGCUGAGGCUUGCUCUUGCCGACACACCUUUGAAAUUGGAAAAAUGUCUUGAUAUGUUUCUCGCACCAUUGUUAUUGAAAUUGGCAUCGCCCUAUGCGUCCGUGAGACAGGCAGUGUUUAACUCACUGAAAGACAUAUUGUCUAGAUUGAAUACCUUCAACGACAUUAAACUUCCUUUGGAAAAACUAAUCCAGCAAGCACAAUCGCCCCCUGAAAGUGUUGAUGGAAAUGAUAGCAAUGUGAGAUUAUACAGCUUGCUAAUGGCUUCUAAGGGUAUUGAUAGAAUUGACCGUGUUGAGACUAGUCUGCUUUCCAGUGUUAUUCAGGGCAUAUCAAAGCUGCCAAGAAAUGCUGGCGCUCGAAUGUUUCACAUUUUGUGCAAAAUGCUAAAGAAAUGGAAGCAACCUGAAAAAGGGUCGAAGAGUGAAGAGGACAUUCAGAGUCGAUUGAAAGUCAAUGACAAAUCCGAUAUAAGCUUUCUUACGUCAAGGUUUACUAAAUUCUUAUUGCUCUCACCUGCUAGACCAGAUCCACAAGCAGGUGUAAUCCCAAGAGGGUACUCUUGUCCUGGUCUGAGUGUUGCAGAUGUCUCAUUUUUCACUUAUGAUGCAGGCGUUAGUUUCACGAAGGAGCAAAUGAUACAGUUUAAAAAGGCUGUCUUCAAUUUUGUGACUAGUGGAUUACCAUUGCAAGACUAUGCAAAGACUGUAUUCCUUCUGGUAGCUUCGUCUGAUCAGGGUGAUCUGCUUGAGAUUGCUAGUCAAGAACUGAAACGAUUGGCCAUACCUUACGAGGAUGAAACUUUCAUAGACAGUAUUAUUACGCUAUAUGGUGGUGAUAAGAAAACAGGAUGUCCUCCCACUAGACAUGAGCUCCAAGAAAAAAUCUUAAACAUAUUGAAUAGAAGUUUAGUUGCAACAAGCAAGCGUUUGAAUGUAGCAAUCAUCUGCUCCAUCGGAAUGAACUCAAAGCAUUACAAAAUGAGAUCGCUGUGCUUGAAAUUCAUACGUCAUGUUGCAAAAAACAACAUUUCAAAUUUAGUUUCAGUGCGUGAAGAUGGGGACGACGGCGUUCUGGAAACAUCUAUUGCGUCAUUGAUCUUACAUAAUUUACACAGUGAAGGCUGGCCUAUGCUCCAGUUAGGCUCCACAACACUGAACUUCAACAGUAGUAUUAGUCAAAGGAGAUCACAAUAUGAAACUCUGGGGGAAAUUUUGAAACGAGAUGGAAGUCUUUUGGAGGAUCUCUCUUACAUCGAAUUUUUGCUCGAUUCACUCAAAGGUGACGUGUCGGAGGUACAUACAAGCAUACAAGAAUGCUUGACAUCUCUCACGGUCAAAAUACCUAUGCUGCCUGAAUCUUCUAAAACUAAGUUGCGCAAACUAAUACGAACCUGUUUGGCUGACGACUAUGAGAUUGAGUGCGCUGAGAGCAAGGACAAAAAAGAUGCUCUUAUGUCUUGCAGGAUGGUAUGCAUCAAGUAUGCAAAUGCGGCUUUCCCAUUCAAUGACCCUGAGGCACGCAUGUUCAAUAUCUGGGGAACUGCCCGCAUAAAUCGAUUCGAUAUUAUCGAAGAAUCCUUCAAAGGGUUGCAUCCUUAUUGGUUCAAGGUAAAUCAGAUAGCGAAUACGAAAGAGUUUAGGUCAAGCAAAGAGAAAUUAACAGCCGAGAAUAAAGAAGUUCAAUUUGCGAGCACUGAGCUUUAUAUAAAUUUGCUUUUAAGUGAAAUGCAAGAUAAAGUGAAAUUACCACAGGCUAGCAUAUGGAAAACGUUGGGCACUGCUGUUAGGUUUUCAAAGCAGUGCCUUAUAUCUGAGUCCAUUUAUGGAAAGAAUACUAUGGUAGUCCAAGAUGAAGAUUGGUCCAUUCGAAUAGAGAAUUCAUUGGUCGUAGAUGAGAAGGUGCAUGAAACAGUUCGUGAUAAAAUCGCUUGUUUUGAAAAAGGUUUGAUCUCGAAGUACCUGAAAUUUCUAUGCAAUGAAUUCACAAUGAAGGAUCAACACAACCACCAGGUUUGCUUAUCGUUGUAUAGUGAUCGCAUAUUUGGAGAAGUCCUCUUGACUUUGCUACGACUAUGCGAUGAUGAUGCAUUAAGAUCUCUAGAAAGCAUAACUCCAUCCCUUUUCAAUUACCUUAGAUCAACUGAAACUUCACAGGACACCGAUAUAGAAAUAGCAGCAAAUGCCCUCGGUAUAGUCUCCGCGUGCAAGAGAACUUUGGAAGAUGCUAGCGAUACGAUGACAAAACCCAAAGGAAAUGAUAGCACUGUGACAGAACAGGCUUCUAUUAUUGCUAAUUCGUACAUACUUCCGAGAUUGUACUUAAGAAAUAAUGUUGAUCGUGCAGCAGGAAUUGACUCAGCCAUAUUGCUUCGGAAAUUAACUGCACUACUAUCAGCUUCCCAGAAUAGGAAGUUGAUUAACCAGUUGAUUAGCCAAGUGUGUAAAUCUGAUAUGCUCGAGAGGAUGGGAGAUCAGACGUCUUCUAAUGAUUUUAUUGUGAAAAUUACGGAAGUGCUCCAGAGCUCACUGAUCAACGACACUGCAGCAACAGAAACAUGGGCAUACUUGUCCAUACAUGCUGCUAGCACUGCCCACUUCAAGCAUUUUUUCGAUAAGUUGUUUGAAUCACAUGUUUCUAAGCAAAUUGACUAUUUGUUUUCAGCCGGUGAAGCGAUAAGUGUCAUAGCUGGCGGCUGGGAGAGUAAGUUUCUGCAUCGACAACUAGACGUUAGAAAUGUAUCUUUUGCCAAGCUGAAGGAGAAUUUUUCACGGGACCGCAUCUCUUACGUUCUGGAUCAACUUCUAGUUUCAUGCGAUUCAACGAAACCAAGUCUUAGAAAAGCAGCCUGCGUAUGGUUGCUAUCACUGACUCAAUAUUUAGGGCACAGUGGAGAAAUAUCUUCCAGAUGCAAUCAUAUUCAUAUACGCUUUAUGAGAUUUUUGGGAGACCGUGAUGAAUUUGUACAGGAGUCAGCGGCUAGAGGCCUUGCUCUCAUAUACGAGAUUGGUAAUGCAGAUUUAAAGGAAGAUAUGGUGAAGGGUCUUUUGAGAUCUUUCACAGAUUCGGCUAAAGGAGUGAACAUGUCUGCUGGAUCGGUGGGAGCCGACACGGAACUUUUUGAUGACAACACACUCAAAACAGAUGAGGGAUCGGUUCGCACAUAUAAAGACAUCUUGAACCUUGCCUCUGAAGUUGGGGAUCCUGCUCUUGUCUACAAAUUCAUGUCCCUGGCAAAAAGCUCCUCGUUGUGGUCAUCUAAGAAAGGUAUCGCAUUUGGUCUUGGAGCGAUAGUCUCUAAAUCUUCUCUGCAAAAUCUUAUUUUGACAGAUGAGGUAACUGCCUCCAGAUUGAUUCCCAAGCUGUUUAGAUACAAGUUUGACCCAUAUCCCAAUGUUGCUCGCUCUAUGAAUGAUAUUUGGCAAACACUAAUCCAGGAUACAAAUGCAACUUUGAACUUUUUUCUCAAAGAAAUAUUGGAAGAACUUUUACGGGGAAUGUCAAACAAGGAAUGGAGAGUUCGUGAGGCUAGUACUUUGGCGCUUCUAUAUCUAAUGCAGACCCAGCAGGAAGAGAAGCUGGCGAGUCACUUUCUUGAAAUUUGGACUAUGGCAUUUAGAGUUGUAGAUGAUAUAAAAGAAAGCGUUCGAGUUGCAGGUACUAAAUUAACUAAUGUGCUUGCCAAAGCACUUAUUAGCAGUAUUGAUCCCGCCAAAGGAACUAAUUCCGACAAAUCUGAGCUCAUUUUGGAUCACAUUCUUCCAUUUUUUUUGGGUACAAAGGGUCUAAACAGUGAUGCAGAAGAGGUAAGAAAAUUCGCUUUAACUACGGUUAUUAAUCUCGUAAAAAAUAGUGGAGAUACUAUAAAGCCUUAUGCUGUUCAACUCGUGUUUGAAUUUACCCUUCUAUUCUCCUCAAUUGAGCCUCAAGUCAUUAAUUACCUUAGUCUGAAUGCUACGAAAUACAAUAUAGAUAGCAAUACUAUUGAUAUCCACAGGCAAAAUGGUGUUACCACGUCACCACUUUUCGAUGCUAUUGAUUUAUUAAUAAAGAGAUCGGACGACAGUAUGGUAGAACAACAUGUAAACAGUGCAAUUAAAGCCACAAAGAAAGCGGUAGGACUGCCCUCCAAAAUUGCUGCAUCUGCGGUAUUAGGUUUGUUGGUCAGGAGAUAUUCAGUCCUUUUGACACCUUUUUGCGGUAAAUUACUCAAAGCAUGUACAAAUUCCUUCGAAAGUAGAAGCGAAUCAGUAAGUCUUUCCUUCGCAAAGUGUUUUGGUCUUCUAUUUCGCAUAGCAACAGUUGAGAAAGCGGGAAAAUAUGCUGCUAUACUCUGUCAAAUGUAUUUUGAUUCAGGUGAAAACGCACAAAAAAAAGUUGUGGCAGCUGCAAUAGAUGCUGUAUUGAAACAAGCACCGUCACAAUUCGAGAAUAUUUCAAGCUUGUUCAUACCCCUCUUAUUCAUUGCGUCAAAUGAUGUAGACAAGGCAGUCGGUUCCAAUUUUGAACAAGUUUGGAGAGAAGCGUCAAAAAGCGGAUCUGCCUCAGUCCGAUUAUAUUUAGCAGAGAUCAUAGAACUAUUGCAAAAGAACAUCUCUUCUGCUGACUUUUCUACAAGGAAAACAUGUAGCAAAACAAUAGUACUGCUAUGCGAAAACGCUGAUCGAACAAUAAAACCACAACAGAUACAAAAGAUGUUUGAAAUCACGAUGAACUCCUUAGUUGGUAGAUCAUGGGAAGGCAAAGAUUCGCUAUUGAGAGCUCUACAAUCUUUGGUUGCAAAAUUUACCAAGUUUGUUGAAGGAAACAGUUCUCUGAAAGAAAGCAUAAGCGUGCUCUUCGUUACAGAGAUAUCCCGGAAAAACGUACCAUAUGUUAAAAAUGCCCUUGUUCCUUACUGUGAAUUUGUCACAUUUUUCCCUGCAAUCAAUUUGAUAGAGAAACUGAUUGCUAUAGCUGAAUUUAUUUUCAAGGGCGACACAGAUGUAUCUGAGCUUGAAAACAGCGAAUCGAUCAAUUCCAGCAAAAGAAUGAAGCAUGAUUCUGAUAUAAGCAAAAAAUCCUCCAAGAAGAACGUUGAAUGGGAAGAAUAUAUAACAAAUAUUCUUAAGUUGUGUGCGAAAAUAUUUAAGUCCAGCACAUCUCCAGAAGCGUGCUCUUUUGAACUUCUUAAAUUCAUUAUUCGCAGAUUUUCGAGACUUUUUAAGAAUACUGGCACUCACUAUACGUGGAGAAGCCAAGUAGCUAUAUGCGAAGUUGGAAAUGUUGUACUUGAAUCACCUUAUUAUCUUUUAAAUUCUCGGGACUUUGCGGAAUUCAUAAAAGAACUAUGGGGAAUGGCAUUUGAGUAUAACAGCACUAACGAAUCUAUUGAAAAUGUCAAGGUACAAACGGUGAGACUAGGCGCUCAUAUCAUUACUAAAAUGCCUAACUUGAAGAAUGGAAUACAAAGUGACCUUAAGAAUUUGAGCGAAAUGGCAUUAACUUCAAAGGUGGAGGUUGAGCUGAAGAACGUCAACAUCAUUUGA